UCAAUACAUGAGACUCUCUCUCUUUCUCCCUCCUUAUUUUGGUCUCAAUAAAUCAUGUCAUUUUCCUUGAUCCAUUGUUGCUUUUCUUCUCUUUCUUAUGCACUUCUUGGAGGUAAUACUUUUCUGUUAAUUCUAUUGGGAAUUUAUCUUUCCUGGUCAAAAUUUCCUAGGUUCUGAACUAAAGAGAGAGGAAAGAGAACAACUUGUCAUACAGCUUAUAUUAGACCGUGUAUUGAAAGAAGAAUUUCAGCAUACAGCUUAUGCCACUAAUGCUUAUGUAACAGUGGGGCCAUUUUCCAAGCAAGUAUUACAAGGAAAGAAAAUUGUGAAGCUUGAAAUUUCUAGUGAGGAGAAGAAUAUGACUGGCGCGAAAUCAGCCAAACGCAGCCUUUCAUCCUCUGUUUUGGAGUUUCAACUUGAUGAACUGCGGAAAGAACUGUCUUCGAUCCAGGGGGGAAUAUUCCCUCAUUCUGUCUUGUCUACUCAACAAAUCAGCAUGAUAAAUGCCCAGAAGCCAAAUUCAGUGAAACAGUUGGAGAAAAUCAUUGGAAAAUUGAAGACGGAGAGAUAUGGAAGUAGAAUUCUUGAACAAGUUGAGAAGUACUCCGACGCGGUGCAGACUGAUGAGUUAAAUGAAGAACAAGUCAGUCAAAAUAGAGCUACCAAACGGCUGAAAAGCAAAAAGGCUCUUGUUGUUAUUGAAAGCAGUGAUGAUGAAGCGUGAGUGGAUUGGUAAAUUAGAGGCGAUUUUGUGAUGGUCUCCUUCCGGAAGGAGAGGACUGUGUACAUGGAUAUUUAGUUGAGAUAGUUUGGGGAUCUUGACUGCUCUUAAACUUUGAGUUUCCUUCCCCUGUGGGAGUUUUCUUUGUUCUUCCCUCUCUCACUCUCACACAACACACAUAGACCUGAACAGAAUGAAUCAAUAGCCACAUUGUUAGAGUUUAUACCCAAAAGUCUAAUUAUUUUGUAUGACAUUUUAGUUUAAUUAAAUAGAAUUGUUUAUUUGCUGAUU